AUGACGACGUCUGGGCCCAACGCCCGGAGGCGUCCGUGCGGCUUACAGUUGAACGGCGGCGGCGAACGGUCCGCGGUGACCGGUUCGUCCGUUGACCGGCUGCUGGCGGACAUCGCGUUCCAGCGGGACAGGGAGCGGGAACGCCUGCGGUCGGCCGGGCGAGGCCACCGAAAGAGACGCGGCGACAAGGAUCGUGGAGCGGCAACGACGGGUGAGUGUUGUUAGCGGUAUAUGUAUAAGCGCAAUGUUGUCUACUACACAAAGGAGUUGGUGAAAAGUUGCAUGUUUGGCUCAAAAACGGAAUUGGAAGUUGGGAAGGCCAUUUUGUGUGAGUGCGAUUUUGACAAGUCUCUUGAGAAGAAGUUUUUCAAAAAUUUUUCCAAGCGUGGGUAGUAGACUGAUUGAUCUAUAGGAUUCGGGCAUAUCUGGUUGUUUGCCUGGUUUAAGUAUAGUUAUAAUGAUUUCCAUGUGGUAGGGAAAUAAGAUAGUCGAAAUAUAGCAUUAAAGAUGUAGGUGAGAAGAAUAAUGGAUUUUGGUGGUAAGUUUUUCACUGUUGUGUUAUUUAUGUACGAUGACGUAUUUGUGAUUUAGUGUUUGAAGAAAUAGUGACAGAUCUUCUGCAGGAAAAGGUGAUCCUGGUGGGAAGUAAGCAGAUGCAAUAGAAGUGGUACGAAACUGCGGCGAACGAUAAAAAUGGCAUUGCAUUGUAAUAUUAACCGUAAGAAAAAAAAGCGAAAAAAAAAAAACCGAUAUUGAGCGAAGUUCGAUUUGAACAUUGUUUGAUAAUCGACAGGUUUAACGCGAUACGUAAAUAAUGUAUUAAUUAUUGUCCACCAGACGAAUUGAAAUCGUUUUGUGAUUCAACGAAUUCUGAUUUUAGUUGAUCGUUGGAAGCCGGAUGACCAAGACCCGACAAAAACGAAUAACAACCAUCGGUUUAUCCAAAUAAUACCCGAAUAAUAACAAUGACAAUAUCAAAUAACAAAAUUCGAUUUUAAUCGUUCAAAAAUACGGCAGAAUGUGUUCGAAAUUACAUAACUCUCCAUGAAAACUACAGUGUUCUGACUAUAUAGGGAUGUGAUAUAAAUCCGUCUUGCCCGACAUUCCGGAUUUCGAAUUCCGAAAAUUGUCUGGUUGGCACUUUAAGAGAGUCAUCUUUUGAAUUUCCGUGCAGGUUUUCAUAGUUAUUGGGAAAAAACGAAAAAAAAAACAUUGGGAAAACGUAGGAAUAAACAUUCCAUGAUUUUACAUUGUCGUAAAUACAAAUAUUACUUAUUAUAACAUUAGUAUUAUUAUUAAAAAAAACAAUAAUCACCAAUAUCAAUAGAUCAUAUUUCAUACUGUAAUGUUGAUAUUUUUAGAUUUCGAAUUCCGGAAAUCCGUAUUUUUCACAAAUAUACUAGUUCUCGCGUAUGUUCCGGUACGGCAUCAGACAAAAUACGUAGUGCCCGUAGAUCAGUGGUUCUCAACCGGGUUGACAUGUCACCCUUGGGUAGGGGUGACAAGAAAUCCUUGGGGAAAAUUUAAAAAUAUAGAAUUUUUUUUUAAAAUCGUAUUAUUGUAACGGUAAUCACGUGACUGCUACCACAGUCAAAUAACGCAAUAAUUGUUUACACUAAACGACACAGAUACCGCAAAAUUCUCAUCUUUGUAUUAUUUAUUUAUAUUUAUAGUUAACACUAUAAAUACGUCCGUUCGACGUGCGAAAACGUUACGUUAUCUGAAACGGGACUUAGUCAGUAUUUCUACAUAUAUAACUAUUUUUUGAUGUUAGGGAGACGUAGUGUUGGGUUAUCGUGGAUGAGGGUGACACGAAUCCAAAAAGGUUGAGAACCACUGCCGUAGAUUAACGCCCGCACGUAAAUUCGUAGUGCCCGCAUCGAUUUCCACAUCGUUUACGUGUUGGCUUAAUACGAUAAUAGAUAUUUUAUAUAAUAUUAAUAUUGUACACGCGUAUAUUAAGACACGGUCGCCCAUCUUGCAUGCCCCGUAAUACCCAGUUUAUAUUUAUAACCUGUAUGGUUUACAGUAAAAUCUAUCGCGCUAUGUAAUUUACCUGGUAGUUAACUGUUAUUUAUGUCAACCGUUUUUUUUUCUUUCUCUUGUUACCCGUUACAGAAUAUGCAUUUUCUGUUUUUUUGAUUGUAUAAAUACAAUAUUGUGAAUUGUUGUAAAUACACAUAACGGCGUCUAAUACAAUUAAUCGUGAUACGAUCGAAACAAAAUACAUCGUUUCAGAAGACGAACCACAAACAUUGCGGGUCAUUAAAUUUUAUAUUCAAUUAAAAUAGUAAACACAACAAAUUUUAUGCGUUUUACACACCGCGAAAAACUGCCGUUUACCCGCUCACCACGGCGCCGCAUCGCGCCACGUCGAUCCCGCGUUCUUCGACGCAUCCAGAUUUGCAUUAUUCGUGUGCGUGCCUUACAGGUGGAACGGAGGCCUUGUCGGUUUCUGGGAUUGACGGCGACGACGGCGACGACGACGACGACGACGAGGCGGCCUCGGCGUACUGGUGGACCGACCUGUUCCUGCGGUAUUUCGUGUUUGACGACGACCGCGGCACUAAAACGGCAACAGCCGUCGCCGACUCGGACGACUUGUUGUUUUUCGUGCGGCGACGGCGCAAUAAACGCAAAUCGAAACGCCGCGUUGGCCUGUCCCCGCAACAACGACGACGACGGGUAAAUACACAUCACCGAUUGACACUCUUGUCCGUAAUAAUUUCUGUUGCGCCCCGAAACUCACUGUCUGUACAGUACCUGCAUUAUCUACAGUAGCAACAAUGUUUCUAACACUAUAGGCGUGUUUUGGCGAUGCAGUUUUCAGCAACGUGGUUGAUAGUUUAUUAAGCCGACUGAUUGGCGACAUAGUUUACAGUAAUAUUGUUUGAUAGUUGAAUGCGGCAACCGGGUUGCUGGAAUCAUCGAACAAUUGAAAACUACGUUUACUGUUUUCGGGGUUACCAAUGAUCUACUGUUGAGGACCAUCCAUUUUCUAUAACAAAAAAUACAAAUUAUACAGUAAACAAAACGUUGUUUUGGCGGGUAACCGACCAAGUAACAAACAACAACCACCAACGCAGGAAGCUGUUUACUCAAAGUUGCAACAUAGAAACCAGUUAUAGGUUUGAACAUUGGCGGUCGACCGGUUCGGAUGGAUUUAACCGAUAAUAAUAAUAUAAUAAUAGUCGUGUUUUGGCGAUACAACUUUCAGUAAACAGUUUGCUGCGUUGUUUGCUACUUGAUCGGUUACUCGACAAAACGUUUUGUUUAUUGUUUAGUAUUUUUCGUUGUGGAAAACUGAUGGAAUGAUUGAAUGAUAGUCCUUAUCAGUAGAUUAUUAGUAACUGAAAACAGUAAACACAGUUUUCAAUCGUCUGCUGAUUCCGGCAACCCGGUUGCCGUCGAAAAAUGCAUUCAACUAUCAAACAAUUACUGUAAACUAUGUCGCCGAAACAGUUUGUUCACUAAACUUAGUAACUGGGUUGUUCAAAACUGCAUCGUCAAAACACGUCUCGUGUUAUUUCGAUUGUAAAAUUUUUUUUUUUCAAUCACCGAUUCAAUAGGUGGCUUACGACACUCGGGUUUACCGCAAACAGCAGCAACGACAGCCGGUGCUGUUGCCAAUCGGCGACCCGGCCGUCCUGUGGCGGCAUACGGUGUGCCUGAACGCUAUUGUCCACCGGUUGCGGUACACGCUGACGGUGGCCGUGUGCGCGUGGGUGCCCAGGAAAUCGGCGACCGCGGGUCCCGGCGCGGACCAUCACCACGGCAGUAAUUAUCAUUGUAACCCGGAGACCGGUGAACAAUAUGAAUUAUUCGACGACGGUGACGACGACAACGAAGACGGAUGCGACGACCGGGAAUAUGACCUCCAACUACUGUCCCGACACGUACACGUGAGCCAUUUCGCGCCCUACCCGCCGCACACAUCGUUUAUUGGUAUUGUACGUUCAACGGUUUUUUUUUUCUCGGUCCCGUAUAUUCGAUCGAUGUCGAUUUCCGGCUGUUUUCGGUCCAUCAACGUUAAUCGCAAUCAACAGACCGUGUACGCGUCGACCAGCGGACGGCGAAUGGACGCGGCAAAGGGGCCGAGAGAACGGCUCGUGUAUCCUGCCGUGUGCUGGGCCGCCGACGAUUACGCCGAAGUACCUACAAUUUUUCUAUUCCGUAACGAUUUUACUAUGGUGUGCGCGAUCUUAUUUGUUUUUUUUUUUUUUUUUUGUUACCGUGUUGACGACCAGAAAUCUGGUCUCCGUUUGUGGGAGCUUUCUUGUAAGAUUUUCGGAUCUACGUAGUCAUAGUGUAAUAAUAAGUAGGUUAAUUUUUUGAUUUCUCUAAAGGUUUUCAAAAAUCUAUCUACGAAAAUGACAUAUUUAUUAUUUUGGAUUUUUAUGAUUUCUUUUUUCUAACAGAAAUCUCGCUCCGAAAUUUAAUUGUACUGUAUAUUUGGCUUUUUCAAGACGUGGUAAGAUUUUCAAAACUUUUCUGCAAGUUUUUCCAAGUUAUUUAAAUGCAUAUGAUUUUUCCAGUUUUUAGAUUCUAAGUGUAGCAAAGAAUAUAUUGUUUUUACAAAGAUGUUUAUUAUUUCUUUUUUUAUCCUGUAUGCAAAAAUUCCAGAAAUAUUGAUCCUAUAUGUGUGCACGACACCAUAUCUGAAAGAAAAUAUUGUCCAGAUGGUACUUUUGAAAGGUAGUUUUUUGAUUUCCCAAGCGGUUUUAAUAAUAUCUAGAAAAAACCAGGAUAAAACGAAAGAAGGCAUGAAAUUUACGAAAAUAAUGCUUUUAUUAUUAUUUUAUUUUGUUAUUUGCUGUAAGUCAGUUAAAAAUAUACUUAGAGACUGAUAAUUUAGGUAGAAAACUCGUAUUUGCUUUUUUGAGACAUGGUAAAAUUUUCAAAAUAUUUGAGCCAUUUUUAGGCUUUUUAUAAAAAUUUUAAUAUUUUUGUUGAAAUUUAGUGAAAAUUAUUUUUAUGAACUCUAUGGACUUAUAAUUUUGACAUAAAACUUAUAUUUACCUUAUCUUGAUGUGGUAAAAUUUUCAAACAAUUUAAGCAAUUUUUGAGCUAUUUAUAGACAUUAUAAUCUUGCGAGUUUUAUAUGUAAUUUUUAUUCAGUAGGCACUCUGUAGUAAAAUCAUUAGAUUUGAACAGAAAUGCGAGUCAGAAAUGAGCGUACUGACUAAGUUUCGAAAUAACAGUUUUUUGAAAUUCUGUUAUUAUACGGAUAUUUUAAAUUAUGUUAUAUAAUUCUAUAUUGUAUGUUUUUAAAUAUGUUUGUCAUAGCCAAUGGUAAUAUCAUCCUAGGGCUCGCGAGUUCAAACCCGUGUUUCAAAAAAAAAUUGUUUGCACUUAUUUUUUCCCUUUUACCUAAACAGGAAAAAACAAAUGUAUUUUAGGUGUACCUAGAGACCCAGCUAAUCGUUCGCUCGGACUUUUUUAAUUGAAAAAUACCCCUCGAUUUGCUGUGCAAACUUUUCUACCAGAAAACUUGCUCUAAAAAAUGGAAAAAUGGGUACAAUAUUAUUAAAGAAAAUAUAUAAUGCCUAUUUAAUUUUUUUACCAUAAUAUGAUAUAUAUAUAUAUUUUGUCGAUAAAGCAUCACUAUCAAAUGAACAGCGCUCAAAAUCGUUUUUAGUAAGCUAUGGUUCAUCAUAUCUUACAGAUAUUCAUUCAAUUACCUAUAAUUAUUUCUCCAUUAUCCUAGGGCGUCUUUUUUAGUUUUUUUUCGGUAUUAUGAGGUUUAAAAAUGCUUGUAAAUUUAAAGGAGAUUUAUUACAAAUUUUAUUAAAAGUUGUGCGUAUUAUAGUAAUUUUAGAUUCGAAGCAUAGCGUAGAAUUUAUUGAUUUUACUAUGAUGUGUUUUUUUCUCCGUCUAUAAACCACUUUACUACCAGAAAUUUUUGUCUAAUCGAAAAAGUACCGAAGAUUGAUUUUGUUCCAUUUAAUAUCUAUAAUCACUUAUAGAUAAAUUUAUUUUUUGUUAUCUUAAGAAUUUUUAUAAUAAUUGGGAAAAACUAAAAAAGACGAAAAAUACAAUUUUUCAAAUUACGGUGCAACGGCUAUUAUUUAAAAUUUUUAAAAUUUUUGAUUUUCUGUAUAUUUUCCUAAUAAUUUCUAAAAUCCGUAGAAAUACGGCGAAGUAUACGGCAUUUGGUUUUUUUUUUUGUUGUUGUAAAUCUGUUAAAAACUAUAAUUGUAGUUUUCAAAAAAUACUAUUAUUGUCAUUUUGAGGAUGAAAUCCAAUUUUCAAAAUAUUCUAUUUUUAUUUGUAGGUAUUAUUGAUAUUUUCAUAUUCAUUUACUUAUGUAUUUUAAUUUGGUAGAUAUUUGUUACCUAUUAAAAUUAUAUGACUACUGGAGAAAUGCUUAGAAAUUUAACUCAAAUUAUAUCAUAUUUUGUGCUUAGAGGUCUAAAAAACAAAUUUAAGUUUAAUGCAUUCGAUUUUUUUCGAAUGUUCUCUGUUUGACCACCCUAUUCAUUUAUUUUUGGUCUGAAUAUUCUUCACAAAAUUUUCCUUUUGAAAACUAAUAAUUUGUUUUUAUUUUACUUGGUAGACGCCCACGCUCCACAGGUAUUGAGUACAAUUGGUCUAGCAAGGGUCUUAUAUAGUCUUGUUUUUGUUUUUCUCAAUCAUUUUUUAGACUUAAAUAAUUGGACUAAUGAAAAAUAGUAUUUUUUACCAGCUAUAAUUAUUCUAUGUACCCCUUUGCGACUAUCUACUUGUAAGUUUAUAUUUACCUAAACAUCUAAAUUAUCUCUCUAAAUAUUUAAAAUUACUAACUCUUUAAAAUGAAAGAUGUAUAUUUUUUAUUGUUAUUGCGUUUUGUCAAUGUUCUCACCUAGGUAUAAUCAUAAAUUUGGUUUUAUUUUCAUUGGCCCGAUUUUUUUCACCGUGGUGGUAUUCCUAGUUCUAUAGUAUACUCCUUACUAAAGAGUUAAAAAUAAAUAAAUAAAUAUAAACGAGUUUUAAAUCCAUAAAUAAAAUGUAUACAUCGUGGGUUUUCUUCGUUACUUGUUUUAUAAUAUGUAUUUGAUCAGUUGUGGAUUUUCUAGCUGUAAAACCAGCUCGAUACUGUUUUUCUAUAUCUUUGAUGGUUUUUGUUUGUUUAGUUAGUUUGAUCAUAUAUUGGAUUGUGUAUAUCAAAUUGUUUGUAUAAAUUCUACAAAAUGCAAAUUUAAUGCAGGCGUUUCGUACCGUGGUCGUGCACCCUGGGCAGACGGUUUGCACUGAGCUGGUGGCUGUGUGGCCUAGUAGUUCGACGGUUGAAGAUAAUGCUGACGACGUGGUCGAGAUGGAGUAUAGCCAAGAUAGUGACGACAACCUUUGCCACCGGAAUUCCGUCAACAUACCACAGAAGCAAAACCGAGCUGUACUGUUUGCGGGCGCGAUCCCGUACGCAGCAGUGCGAGCCACUUAUGAAUGCAAGGUAAUAUUAUUACUAUUCAAUUUAUUAGGUACUUGUUUUAGUUAUGUGCAGAAGUAAUUUCUAAUGAGUAUUAGAAAAUGAGAAGAUGAAAAGAUAGAACUUAAAAAAAAAACAAUACAAAUAUAUCCAAUAAAAAAAAUACAGAAUAUUAUACUGAAAAUUCAUAUUUAGAGGACUAAAGGAAAGAAAGUAAAUUAAAUUGUAUUUGUCAGUAUGUUUUUUUAAAUAUUUUACACCACCCAAAAUGGUCUUAUUUAUAACAUUAGCUUUUAUUGAUAAUUCAUACAAUAUCAAAAUAAAUUUUGUUUAGGGCAUAUUAAAUUAAAUAAGAUAAGUAUAUUGGUAACAAAUUAAACAGUUCUAAUUUUAAUUGUUACCUACGUUAAUUGUAUAAAUCAACGCACUGCUCGCUACGGUGCGUGUUUUGACUGCCAAGUACGUUGCCGUCGCGUUCCUCGAUAACCGGGGGGCUUUCGAUAACGCUUGGUGGCCGUCCGUUCUAGCAGCAUUGCGUCGACCCGACACCCCGUCAGACCUAUACAACCUCGCUAAGGACUUUUUAUCGGGUCGCCGCGCGGUGAUCCGGCAUAAGUGGGUCGAAGUCGAGAAGGAAAUCUCGAAAGGAUGCCCCCAAGGGUCGGUGCUUGCACGGAUCUUAUGGAAUCUCAUUUUCGAUGAUUUACUUAGUGCUACCAAGACUGAAGGGGUAACCGUCUUCGGGUAUGCUGAUGACGGUGGUGGGGGGGUCGUGGUGGAAACCGGCUCCGGACCAGAGAUCGAGCGCAGGGCCGAUCAAGCACUCGCUUCGGCCCUAGAGGGGGGGAACCGAAACAACCUCUGUUUUUUCCGCGGAGGCAACCCCGGACGAAGCACGACGACGGCCGCCGAAAGCGGGUCCGCCGCGCUACCAUUCGAGAUUACUGUGACGCCCGACACGGGUAGACGUAUUAACCAUAGCUUAUUCUGAGUUUAGUGCUCUCUGCCGCUUUCCCGGCAACGGGAAAAGUCGCACUCGUCGCCCGGUGGUCAGCUGGUGCGCGAGAGCGAACACGGUUGACACACCGCGGUUUUUCCACCACGUACGGGCUCGCUUUUAUCUCAUGCCUGGUUUCGCCGCAUCGGGCGCACGUUAAUUUGCCACGACACACUUUCGCUAUGUGGCCGAAGCUUGAACAGUUGUGACAGCGUGUCACACGGUCAUAUUCGCUGACUCGCGACCGGGACCACUCCAAAUAGAGCGUUUUCGCCUUUAUGAGCGCAGCGAAAACUACUGGAGUGGUUUCGCACACCCAGUAGACGUAGUCGGUACGACGCGGUCCGACCUUGAAAAUGGGCUUCAAGCCUUCCUUAACCCGGUCACCCGUAAGGUCACCCCAUACAGCCGGGUUCUGUUGAAUAGCACAAUCUAUUAGAUGUGCGUCACUCAGGCAUAGCGGGACGUCGCGAACGCGAAUGCGGGGUUUGCGGACGACUGCAAUGGCUGUGGGUGCACGUCUUCUUAACGAAUGUGAACAUGUUUUCAGAUGAGUUUGUACCGCGAAGCCGAACGGCAACGGAGACAGCAACGGCACAAACAACAAAAACGAGGAAAAAAAUCGUCGUUGUGCGCAGCUCUGUCCGCGUCGCUCACGGCUCUAAUCACAGGGGGCAGUAAAGACUCGGCCGCCCAAGGAUGUUCUUCAGAUUACGGUGAUUACGACUACAAUAAUCACGGAAGUGGAGCGACAAGUACCGAACGCGUCGAAUACGUGACCGUUCGUGGGUGUCGACCGUUGAGACGUUGGGACGAUGGCGAAGGAAAAUGUGAUUUAUCACCGGACUACGAAAAUGUCAAUUGCAGCUGUAACGGAAUGGACUUUGACGACGUCCAUAGUCGUGGAACAAAGGGCAUGGCCCAGAUGGCUGUCGCACUUGGUAAGUGCAGUCGUUGCUAUAUCUAAUAAUUUCCGCUUAUAUUAUUAGUAUAUUAUUAUAACAGUAGAUGUUGGAUGUUUACAAUAGUUAGUAAAUAGCAAUAAAUAAAAUAAAUAAAUAAUACUUAUAUGAUAAGUAGCUAUCUAUUAUACUGAUGCGAUUUGUGUAGGUUUAUAGUAUUGUUCUCGUAAACUCGUCUCUAUGUAAUAUACACAAGGCGAAAACUUAAUUUUGCUAAAAAAAAAAAAAAAAAAAAAAAAAAAAAAAAAAAAAAAAAAAAAAAAAAAAAAAAAAAAAAAACAGAAAUUGCAAAACAAAACUAGGUAGUUAGUGAAAUAACCCAAAACACACAUUAGCGUUCAUCUGUCCUAUUCUAAAUAUUGUGAUAAUACGAGCAGGUCAUAUGAAAUUAUGAUACGACGUCAGGUCAAUACGGACAAUAUAUUAUACGAUGGUAUAAUAUUGUAUUAUCAUUAGGUAUUUACAGAUAUUAUUUUUUCGCUAAACUCACUACACCCGUGCCUCAAUCAAAAUAAUAUUUUAAAGUGUAUCCGAAUUGGUUCUCAUUUGAAAAAAAAAUAUUUUAUGAAGGUGAGUCGAAUUGGUUACUAUUUAAAUUUGUGAUGUAUCCACUAGUUGUCGAAUUGGUAGGUAAAACACGAUUGCGGAUACUUUAUCUAUUUCGCAACUCGAUUGCAGACGAUCACCAACGACAAAAAGUUAGUAUUUUGUAUCCAAAAAAUCACACGAUUCCGAACGAAAUUUAGUGCACCGUUGUCAAGUUAUACGACACAGUCUACCGAGCCCAACGAUUAUCAAUUUUAUGAUCGGAUUAUCGUUCUGAUGUCUCAAGUGCGAGCAGUACUAAGCUAUUUACUGUAAAGUUUAUUUUAAAUCGUGUACUAUACAAUAUUAAUAAUAAUAAUAAUAUUAUAAAUAUAAUUGAUAAUAAGUGAUAGUUAAUAUAUAAUAACACUGACGUCGUAUUUUUAUUAAGUCUACAAUAUUUUGAUUGAGGACAUUUCGGAACCUUCUCAUAAAGAAAUUGAUUGGGCAGUCUUAAAAAUAAUAAGUCACCAGGAAAAAAUUAUAUAGUAGCAGAGCUAAUUAAGAAAAGAGAGACAGCUUUAAGGGAAACAUUAACAGAAUUGAUUAGAGAAAUGGAGAACAGAAAAGAUACUAGACGAUUGGAGCACUGCUAUAAUUUAUCCCAUAUUCAAAAAAGGAAACCUAGCAGAAAUAUAAAACUUCAGAGAUAUUCCCCUACUGAACGUUUGAUAUAAAGUCUUAACAACAAUAAUAUUAAAAAGAAUAAAUGUAUAAGCCAAUGAUGUUAUUCGAAGUUAUCAAUGUGGCUUUCGAAAAGGUAAGGCAACCACCAACCACACAUUUAUGUUAAGACAAGUUAUGGAAAAGUAUUAUGAGUUUGAGGUAGACCUGCACUAAGUAUUUAUAGACUACAAGCAGGUAUAUAACAGUAUUGACAUGGGUGAAUUACGGAAGGGAUUGGAAAUAAUUGGAGAAUCGGAGAAGUAUAUGAAUCUAAUAAAAAUGUGCAGUGAGAAGACAAUUUGCAAAAUACGGUUCUUACAGAUUGACUCAGAGCCAUUUGAGGUAAAAACUGGUUUAUGUCAGGGAGACGCACUACAUUAUUCAAUUUAGCCGUUAAAAAAAUAGUAAGAGAUAAGAAUGAGCAAAGGCAAAUGAAGAUAAGUGGAGAAUCAGUGAUGUUGGCUUACGCCGAUGAUAUUGUAGUGAUAGGAGAGACUAAGCAGGAAGUUGCUCAAACAACUGAGAGACUAUUUCGAACAAGCAUGGCAAUGGACUUAUAUGUAAAUGAAAGUAAAACUAAGUACAUGGUGAUGUCAAGACCAAUUUACACAUAAACAAACGACCUAUUUGUAGAAAAUUUAAAAUUCAAUGCAGUGGACAACGUUAAGUAUUUGGGAGUUAACAACAGGAAUGAUACGUACAAAGAGAUAAAUGAAAAAAUCAUGAGUGGAAAUAGGUUUUUAAUAUAGUAUAAUUAAACUUCUAAAAUCUAAAUUACUAUUAUGGACAUCAAAUAUACGCCUAUACCACAGCUAUUUUUGAUCGAUAGUGACGUACACGAGUGAGACAUGGUCAUUAACAAAAGACGACGAGAGAAAGUUAACAAUAUUUGAAAGAAAAGUAUUCCGAGACAUAUUUGGACCACGCUUUAACCGAGAAACAAAUACGUAUGGCAGAAGAAAAAAACGAAGAGCUACAGCUUACUGUACACAUUUAUAGAAGUCCACAAUAUUAAUACAUGUACGUCAAAAAGUCAUAAAAAAUACAUAAAAGUAAAAAAAAACAAGCACUCUACAUACACAUUUAAAUUAAUAUUUUUUUCCUUGUGUAAUGGUAAUAAAUUGUUUUUAAAUAUUGCAAUACGUUUUUGUGAUUUUUAUAAUCAUUAUAGCUCUGAAUAGUUAAUUUAAUUCUAUCUAAAUCAUUUUUUGCCAGCGUUUUUUCUUGACCUUUGUUUAUUGAUGAGAUGAUUGUCUCUGUCGGCUUGAGUUUCUUUUAAAAUCGAUAUAACUAAAUAAAUUGGAUGAUGUAUAUUAUUAAAAUGGCUAUUGCUACUGUAUGUCUGAUGAAAACUGUCCGCUCUAUUGGUAGUUCUUCAAUAAAAAUGUAUACCUAUUCUAUUAAUAACUAUAUUUUUGAAAAGUCAAUUAUUUUGAAAUAUAUGCUAUUGUACUAAUUUACUUAUUAUACCUUGGAUUUAACGUUGGUCUGGACGCCUAAAGAUUUGUUGGAAAUAAAGCAUCAGGUUCUACAUAAUUUGAUAAGUCGUAGUCCGAAAAUAUAUUUUCAAUCGGGCUUGGACAUACUGCCAUAAGCUACCAAAACUGGUAUAACUGCAGUGUUUAACAGAAAUUACUUGUAAAAUAUUACAUUUAAUAAGCUCAGAAGUUCUACAUUAUCGAAGUAUUAGUUAUAAAUUUGACAAUAUUUGUCUGCAAUUGUGUCGUUUCUGGGAGUCCAUUGUUAAACUAUAAUCUUCCGCAAUCGUGUAUCAUCGGAAUUGGUGCCCACUGUUCGCAUGUAAGAUUGUCAAAUACACAUAUUUUCCUUCCUAUUCUUAUAGGCUUAGGACUAUCAAUUUGGAAUUACUUAGAUUUUAUAUUAGGCACAUUUUUAUAUUUUAUACUUGGUAUAUUAUAUAGCUAUAUAAAUAUGUAUACCCAGAUGGAUUGACGCAAUCUUAAUUGAUUGCGGUAUUUUGAUGUUACGUGCCCUUCGGACACAGCCGUUGGAUGAAAAGAUGAAGUAUUUUAAGUCUACAAAUAGUUUUUAUUAUUAUUUUGCAAAAACUCACAAUUUAUAAAUAUAUGUAGUGACGUUUUCAACACUUGACCCGGGUCAAGACUUAGUUGUAUUUAUCAGAUACAAGGUAUCCUUCUCGUUAGUCGGUGGUGGUGCAGGUAUACAAUCCGUUGUCCUGAGCUGACUGAAUCUCCUUUGUGGUUCUUCCGGUCGUCUUAUAUGUGAUCGUUGCUUUGGUCAGGGCCUAGGUGGUGGUGGACGCCGCUGUCCGGACAUGUUUUCUUUUCACUUCAUUAACACGUAACAUCCGUUGAUGCGUGAGAACGUCGUCGGUUUACCAUACCUCUAUUAAUGUCGAUUUCACAUAUGGUCGCGUAGAAAUAUUAAUUAGUGUUUAACAAUUUAUACACGUAAAGGACAGAAUAUUGGCAAUAUGCCGAUAUAACAUUAUCUAGUAACCUUGAUAAGUUACCUUGAUAACUAGAAAAUACAUGCCAUAGUAUAAUUAAAGUUAAAUAAAAGUUUAAAAAAGCUAUUCUAAGAUAAUGGAGACGAGUGCAGCCAUUGUUAUUAGAUAAUAAAAUUUAUACCUGUAAGUAACGAUAUACCAUUGCUUACCAUUGAAAAACAAUUCUAAAUGGUGUUCAAUUAAUAGUGUCGCUUUGUCAACAAUAUAUAUAUGUCAUAUUAUAGUAAAGUGAUUAAAUAGGCAUUACAUAUUUUCUUUAAUAAUAUUUUUUUAAUAUUGUUCCGAUUUUCCUAGUUUUCCUAUAGUUUUUCUCGGUUUUUAACAUUUUCUUUUCGGAGAAAACUCUUGGGAAAAUUGAAAAAUGACCCCUUUAAAGUACCCCCCCAAAUGAAAUUUCCUUUUAGAAAAAUUACUAUCAUUAUAAGUUAGAAUGAAAUUGUUGGUAGAAAAGUUGUUCAUAGAAAAAUAUAAUUAUAAUACUUUACAAAUAUAUAUCAUACAUUUUCCCGUUUUUUCUCAGUUUAUUUUGAUUUUUCGUAUUUAAUCAGAAAACUCUUGGUUAAAUCGAAAAAUGACUUCCUUAUAGUACCUUCCCACACCGAUUUCCUUUCAGAAAAGGUACUACAGGUAAAAAUCGGAGCAAGUUCUCUGGUAAAAAAGUUGUCCACAGAAAAAAAAAAAACAUCUUUGUAAAACUAUCUAAAAUGUACUUCAUUAUACUUACAUGUAUUAUAUUUAAUGGAGGUUUUAAACGGGAGCCAAUUUGACUCACUUUCAUAAAGUACCUUGUUCAAAUGGUAACCAAUUUGGCAUGUGGGGUAUAAGCUCGGGAAUCAAUUUAGAUACAUCCAUAUUUUAGAAUCCGGUCGGUUUGAAUAUAUCUGUUGUUACUAUAUUUGUAUAUACUACAUAUUAAUUAAGUCCAAAUAUAUCAGGACCGUUAUAUUUGCAAUUUAAUGCCGAUGGAAAGUUUAUGAUUAUUUUGUUUCAACGAUAUGACGGCGUGUGGCGGUGAUAGGCAAAGUUUAGGGCACUAUAAUAUAACAUAUCCAUAUCGUUAUAUCACUCACCAAAUGAGGCAAAUGGGAUGAUCCGGAUUUUUAUUCUCAUUCUGGAUUAUUAUUGUUAUUAUUAUUGUUAUUAUUAUUAUUAUUAUUAUUAUUAUUAUUAUUAUUACCAUUUUUUUUUAUUUUUCAGGUACUUUUUGUAUGCGAUGUUACCAUGUCUCAUCUGUUAUCUACUUAGUAUACUAACCCGUUUCGUAUAUUUUUUACGUACAAUUUCUCCUUAUACAUUUUUUUUUCUUUUCUUUAUAAUUUUUGCGUUUAAUAAAAAAAUUACGUGAUCUUGUGACUGGUGUGCAGUUAUAUACUCGUAUAUAUUUUUUAUGCACGUAAAUACUUACUAUUUACGGGCACAAAACCCCGAGAGCACAAAUUAUAUGUACAAAUUAGUUUUUAAAUUAAACAUAUUCAGUAUGUAAAAUAACUUAUUUAAAAUUGUUCUAUUUAUACUUACACGUAUAUAGUUUAUUAAAAGUUGUCAUUAAUGUUAUAGUAUUUAUUACUAAUAAUAUUUUAAUGUUAUAAAUUAGUUAUAUAAACUACAUAUCUAUUGUGUACUAUGCGUGUUUAAGAAAAUAUAUUAUUGUUUUAACCCAGAAACGUUAUUAACACUCUUACCGUUUUAAUUUCCUGACGCAAAAAAAAAAAAAUCAAAUUUUAAAUGUACUAUAGCAAAAAUCACACUGAAAUAUUAUCAUGUGUUUAGUAAACACCAAUAAUAUUAAUUAUCGAAAAUUAAAUACGAUUUUUUUAAAUUUAUUGAAAUUAGCAUAUUAUUUCCACCGAUUAAUUCAAAAACACAUAUCAUUUUAAAUGAUUAUAGUAUUCAAACAUUGAAACAAAAUAUAUUCACCUGCAUAAUUAUUGUAUUAAAAAGUAUUUAUAAAUCAUUUGUUUUAGAUUUUGAUCAGAAUUACUAGUUUUUUAUUUUUGAAUUUUUUUUUUUUGUUCCUUGUUCCCGCAAGGGUGCUCUGAUUAAUGUUAGAGUAUCGGGUGUGACAAUCCCGUGGACCCUAGUCAACUGAGCCUCGAUCAGAAAUAUCUUUUCUGAAAAUGAUACCUUUAUGAACCAAUCUUCGGAAGGUAUCUUAGAGGUUCUCCUCGUUUCGGUUGAUUUGGAACUGAUCGGGGAAUUGUUUCCAGUUUCAUAAGCUGGUUGCAUCAGGUAGACCAGCAUAACUGGAAUAUAUUUUUUUUUUUUUUGAAGGGGGAUUGUAAAGUAAACAUUUUUAUUGUUGUAAUUUUAUUGACUAGAAUUGUUUUCUCACAACAUAAUAUAACACGAACAAUUUUCGGUGAGUUUUGAACCUUUUUAACCUCCUUCAGGUGUAGCUUUACUUGGCAAUAUAUAUAUAUAUAUAUAUAUAUAUAUAUAUAUAUAUAUAUAUUAUGAAUACUUCGUAAUCAUAAUUGCUGUAAUAUUAUUAACUAUUAUUAUUAUUGUUAUUACUAUGGUAUAGUUUCAAGUGUUUGAUACAUGUUUAUGUAAAAUGUGUCGUGUGUAUAUUUUUCAAACAUUAUUUACGAAUCCAUUUAAUUUCUCCCAUUAUGCAUAAUCUAUUCAACAUAAUUAUAAUAUCUUUGAAAGAGUGAUAAACUGAUAAUAUUACUGAUUAAUAAUACCAUUGAUUAUCAAUGAUUAUAUUAUUAAUUUUACCUAUCCGAAGAGCAGUUUUCGGUUUUAGUAUCUAAAUUAAUCAUAAUAAUGUAGCCGAAGUUUAAUUUGGAAAUGCAGGUGUAGACACCAUGAAUCUAUACUCUUUAAGAAUAGUAUAUGGUACAUGCCUUAUACAUCACAUUAUUCGUGUAUUUUCAAUAUAAAUAUGCAGGAAGUGAGUAGGCGGACUAAAUCGUUAAAUCUUACGAGUAAAACGAAGUGCAUUGAGAAGAUAAUUAUUUUUCAAUUUAAUAGCAUAUGCUUGCCAGAUCUAUUUUGAGGCGAGUUUAUGAUUUUAAUACUAAAUAAUUAAUUGCAUUUGGUCGUUGUGAAUUGCUACUCAUGUAUAUUUCACAAAUGUAGAUUCUAAAAUUAUGUACUUUUUUUGAACGAUUUAACUCAGACGAUUUUUUUAAGUUUGCUCGUUAUCAAUAGCCGCAAUUGUCAUCGCUGCCCAUAACAUGUAAAAAUCACUAUAAAUCGACAGUUGUCGCUACCGAUGUCCUUCCGGCUUGUGGAAAAUUCCAGGAAUUAGUACCCUGGCUCGAUUUUUUUUGUUGUUACUAGCUAAAUGUCGUCGGUACUUUUCACUGUAACAUCACAGUGUGGUGGCGUUUAUCUGGUUAUGGAAGAGGAUCCGUAGUAACUUUGUGAAUCAUCGUUACCAUCUCUAUAAUCGGCAAUUAUUGUCUCCAUCGCUAUUGCCAUGUUCACUAAAUAUUAAAUACAACAACAACUUAGUAUAAUGGCUUCCAACAUCACCAGUGAAUUCAAUAUAGUAACAGUGAUAAUUUGUUUUCUCAUGAAAGACAAUUAUUACUAUAAACAGAAUAAGCUGUGUCACUCUUUCCGUCGACUAUAGUAACUAUUGUACGUGCUCUUUCACUUGCCAAUAGACUAUUCAAUCGUCGGUUCAGAGGCCGCCCGAUCAUGUCGAUCAAGUAUUAUGUGUUGUGACUCGCAUAAUACUGUGCGGAUUGCCUCUGAGGUGUCACGAUCGGCGACGCUAACUUUAUCACAUACACCUGCAGAGUUGUCGUAACUAAGUCACUAUUAGGUUUAUUAAAAUUUUGUUGAAUUUUCAUAGUUUAUUGUACAUAUAUUUAUUUUCGUAUUGUAAAUAUAUUUAUUUUCGUAUUUUUAUAUUUAUUAAAAUUAUACAAUAUUUAUAUUUAUUUUUUAAAAUUAUACAAUAUUUAUAUUUAUUUAUUCAAAUUAUACAAUAAUAAAUAUUAAUAGUAGUUAUUUAAUUUAAAUUAUUUAAGCUAUACAUUAAUUUAAGUUAAAUUUUGUAAAUUUUGUAAAUAUUCUACAUCUUUUACUCAGAUCGGCCUCCAUGAUUCCGAAAAUGACUUACUCUAUCUCCUCUUUCAUUAGGUUAAGUUUACAAUUAUAAGAUACCUAACAUAAGUUUAGUUAAGUUAUUUUAAGUUAAGGAAAAAGAGGAGAAUACGAUCAAGUUCAACAUUUUUCUGUCAUAUACCCAUUGCGUUUGGUAACGGAAACUAUGCUAUCAAUAAAGUGUAGUCUAUUAUUGAUAGUAUUAUAACAUCAACGACGAUUAAUUCGGUGGUCGUCGUUGAAGCACAUCGAGAACUAUUUUUCUCUGUGUUUAGUUUAGAUAAACAUUAUAAUUUUAUUGUCAUGUGUAAAUUAUAUGUUUAUCUCUUACACAGCAACAGUCUAAUGAGACGUUGCCAAUAGUACUACAUGUACUACUCGUAGCAUUACUAUUAUAUCACCGUACUGAUGGUUUUAUACUGGUUGGAAGGGAGGCUUUGCAUGUUUGGUUAUUCAUUGGUUAAUCCGCACUUCUCAUCUAAGAAUAUGUUUACAUAUUGGGAAUGUUCACCAUAAUGCCAUAUUGGAGCCGGCCCUAUAUCAAUCGUGCUAAUGGAUCAUUUCAUUCGUAUUGGUAGUGUGUGUUAAUCGCAUAUACUACGUACGAAAGCGCACGCAUAAGACUACAGCGUGAUUACCUUGGCAAGAACAACAUAUGCUAUUCAAAGGUUUAGAUUUGAUUCCAAUUACCAUGUUUCGAUUCGCAACCCCAGUAAUGCUACAACCAAGAUGGGUCAAUAAUAAUAAAGAACAUGUCCAACGAUCGCUGAAGCCAUCAAGGAUAAAAAUAGUCAUCACUCCAAAACAGUAUAUACUUGUGUCACGGCUGGAAAAAACAGUGACACAAUUGUUAUUACGAUACUAGGGAUACAGUCAACUAAUAAUGCAAAGAUUAUGGUUGAAUGUAUAUACUUGUUUUGCUGUGUGAAAUGACCCUAAAGUUCCGCCAAUGACGAAUGGGAAUGGAGGUGAAAUAUCUAUUAUUACCAACAAAAUCAUCAUUAACGAAGUUUCCAUGUCUACGUUUGUGAAACAAAAAGCGUUAACUUUUUUUUUACCUGGUGGUUAUAAGAAAAUUAGUUAACCUAUGAGCUAAUAACACCAGAACAUCAGCUACAACCACAACGCAGAUUUUGAAAAUACUUUAAAAAAAAAAACAAAUUCUAUGAGCAUAAUAAUUUUGUAAUGACAGACAUAACAACUUUUAAAUUACUAGAUCGACGUUGACAACCCCCGACAGUUCGUACGCGCCCAUAAAAACAAAAAAAAAAUCGUAAAAUUAGAAACUAAAAAAAAAAAAAAAAGUAAAAAUUUGGGGGUUCUGUCUCAAUUUUGAGAGUAAGAACUAUACAUGCGUACUUACUGCUGUUGGGUAUUUUAAGUUCACUGACAGUACUGUUGAAAAUAGACAAAACAAAAAUCCACUUUGUCUAACCUGCUUUUUAACAUCAUAACACUUAUCAACGGGUCACUGGUUGAUGGAUUUAACUACCGGAUAUCACCAUCAGCACGUCGUGGCCACUUUCAUCUAGAGCAAACGACGGUGUUUAGGUACCACGAUGGAUAGUUACCGAAAAUGCGAGUAGUUUAACAUAAAACGUCCACCCGGAAAUGUGAGACACGGCUAGCGGGUCAGUUGACAAUGUGGAUUUAAAUGCAUAUGGAAGCAACAGUGACAAUGUAGGCGAAAAUGGCUUAUUAGUAUAGCACACAAUUAUUUCUGGAAGAGGGAUGGAAAUCUGAUUAUAUUGAUAUUUCAAUUGACACUUGCGAACAUUUUUUAAGAUUCUAUAAUAUGUAUUUAUCUAAUACGUCCUCCAUUUAUCAAGACAUUUAUAUUAUUGUAAUAUCAAUAAUAAUAUUAAAAUUUAAUAAUAAUAAAUGUAGCAUAAACAGUUAUAAUAUUGAUAACAAUAAAAAUAAUACAUUUUUAAUAGUUAAAAUAUUGAUAAAUGGUAAUGAUAUAGUAAAUUAAAUCUGUAUUGCUGUAUAAUAUUCUUUAUAAAAAAUGAUAGGAGAAUUAAGAAAUAUGGGCUACUCUGCAUUUCCAAGUUCAACAAUCGUUUUGAUCAUUUGGACAUACACAAGUGAGGAUAGACACCAAAGACAUCGGGCAUAAGUGGAUUAUUAGCGUCAGUAAUAUUUUUUAGUUUACACUUUUAACACAUUUAUUUGUAACGAUACUAUUAAUUUUACUAACCAGUGAUGUUUAAACAUUCUGUAUUUCUUUAAGACUUCACAACAAUGACAAUACCACCAACACAACCAAAAUCAUCGUUUUCAUUUACUUAUUACGUGUCAAAGGCAAUGACACCAACGAAACAUACCGAUUCAGUGGUAUAUAAAUAGAAACUUUUAUACUAUAGUUUCACCGUCUCUACACAGUGUACGUAUACCAAUAUUAUUGUAUUUAUAUUAUUAAAACUUUUAAGUACAGACAUAAACUAAAUAAUGUGUAGAACUGUGUGCUAUGUAAAAGCGUAUACAGAAACAUAUUUUGAGAGCCUGUACGAAGUAAAAAUAAUCACAAAAAGCGAAAAAAUAAUAUUAGUAACACAGCAGAUCUUCCACGUCUUCCAUAUUUUUUAAAAUUACAGAAAUCAUUUAUUUAUGUUUAAUCGAUUUAUAAAAACAUGUUUAUGAAGUUUCACAACAUUUUGGAGAUAGCUUGUUGAGGAACCCUUACAUAUGUGUUUGCUAUCAUGGUUUACACGAGUUAGUGAAUUAAAGUAGGUAGUAUAUUAAAUAUAGGCAAUGUGUAUGAAUAAUCCUUGUUGUUCGAUUCCAAGAAAUGAUUUUUGAUUCCUAUUUUUAAAUUGAAUCAAGUGCGCUGUUAUGAUCACUAUCUUAUACUUAUAGAUAUUGUGUUUAUAUAUUUACGGUAUUAAUAUUCCAAUUUCAAUUAUAAUACAUUCUUCACGGUAGUUAAAUUAAAAAAAUACGAUGCUAUUUUCAUAUUAAUUGCAUUUUAAUAUUACUUAUAAGUUAUACAUACGGAAUGAAUUAUAUAUACAUUUAAAAUCCCCAAAAGAACGCUUAAAUCGUCAAAAGAGCCCAUAAGAAUAUUUAAAAAAAGCCAAAGUGAUAAAGUUGUUUUAAAGUUUCCCUCUCUAUAAGAAGUAAAUACUAGUCUUAAUAUUUACGAUUUGAAAAUAAUACAUUUAGUACAUUUCCCUGUUUUCCUCAUUCUUUAUGAAAAUUCCUGGGAAAAUCAAAAAAUGACUUAAAAUGCCACUCCAGUAAAUUUAUUUUCGGAAAGAACGUUACAGUUGAAAAUCUGAGUACAAUUUCAGGUAGAAAAGUUAUUUUUAAUAAUUUAGUACCAUUGGAUGGGUGACUUUUAAAACCCCGCUACCAUUAUUGUUCUUUUAAAUAUUUUAAAUUGAUCUUUUAGGAAUUUUUAACGUUUUUAAGAGCUUUUUUGUAGAUUUCAAGUGUAUAUAAAUCCGUUCCCUAGUUACUACUAUAAUAGUAUAAUUAUUAGAAUAUUAAACAUGUUAUGGACAAAGUCCAGUAACCUGUGUUCAGAACUAUCUACACUUAUUUAUAAUUAUCUUUUAUUUUAUCAAUAUAAAUAUUUCCAAGUUAUCAAAGUAUGUACCUUAGAUAAAAAUGUUACUUAUCUAAAGAUAAGUUACCUAAAGAUGAUUUCCUAUACAUGCAUUUUUUCAUUGUAUAGCGUUCAAGAAUUAUAGAGUGGCGAAAAAAGGAGCAAGAGAUUGUUGUAUUUUCAAUUUACAGAAAUAACGUAACGUUAUUGAAAUGUUCGAAAAUUUCUGAUACAAUGCCUUAUAUUAAUACGUCUAACCAAAUUUAAUUUCACCUUUUAAUAUUUUACAUUCGUAAGUCUCUACGAAGAUUUAUCCAAAAUCUAACAAAAAAGGUAUUUUAUCAUUUUUCCAUUCGAGAACUAUUUCUGGUAUAAAAUGGCAUGCGUGUUUAUUUAAAAUGAAAUUGUAAAAUCGUACGUUUUUUUCCACUUAAAUAUCUCAAACAAAUAUCAUUGUAAAACCAAUAUACAUUCCUCCCUAAACUCAACAUCUAAAAUGUAAAAAUGUCUGUGUAGGAGAUUACAUCAUCUAUUUUUAACAGGUAAAAAUAUAAUAAAGGUCGGUUUCGGAGAUUACACGAUCUAUUUUUUGCAGAUAAAAAGGGACUAUGUUGAAGUUUAUAUAUAGUCCAAAAAUUAUCUUACACAUUUAUGCCUGCUCAGUAUAUUACUGUAGAAAGUAAUAAUAGUAUGAUUACGUAAAAUAUAAUAGGUGUUGAACAAUUUAUUGCAUUAAUAUUAUAAUAGGUACCUGGGAAAAACUGAAAACAAAAUUAAACUUAAUACGGACAAAUAUUUACGGUGUGUCAUUUCACUAUUUUAAAUUUUUAUAGUUUAUAUUUUCUAUCAGAAAUCUUGCUUUAAUUAAAAAAUGUAAGAGAUUUUUUUGUUGCAUUUCGGAUCUAGUUAGUAAAUAAGUAAAACGUGUUUUGAUUUUCUAACCAAUUUUGUUUUUAGUUUUUCUUUCAGAAAUACAUGGACAUUUAUCAUAACGUUAGUAUUGAUAAAUACUUUAUCAUAGUUAUAAUGUUAUAAAGUUAUAAAGUUAUAAUGGUUUAUUAUAGGUUCUACUUAAUCGUCAAAAUUAAAAAAGUUGACCAACAUGCAGUCAUUUUUAUAAGAAUUUUUAAAUAAAAUUUUACGAAAAUCGUAAAAUUAAGAUUUCAAAGCGUGUACUCAUUUGUGUAACAGAACUUCGCACAGAAUCGGAUUUUGUUAGCAAUGAUUUAUGUUUGCUUCCAUAUAUAAAUUAGUUAACUUUAUGUAUUUUAACUUCCCUAUUUUCCAUCUACACCAGUUGAGCCCCUACCAGCAGUGUCAGUUCCUAUUUUUUACAAUUAAGUUUUAAGAUGUUAAAAUUAUGAAAAAUUAAUGAUAUUGUACCAACAAGACGUACAGUUAUUUUUUGUUUUUUCUUUAAUCUUACCUAGGAAUAUAAUUUAAAUAAUUAUGUAAAUUGGUGGUAUCAUUGUUAUGAAUUUAAUAUAAAUAUAUUAAAUAUUAUAUUAUAUUAUAUUUAAUAUAAAUUGUAGUACGUAAUCGAUACCCACAUAUAAAAAAUCACAUGUUAUAUUUAAAUUACCAAUACAUUCCGUAUUUUUCUGAUCACUAAUUGUAACUUAUAAUGAUGCUCGUGAUAAUCUUUCGAGUUUAUUUUAUUAGGUCACAACAAUUUUAAUCUAAAAAACUACAUAAAAAAAGACAAAUAUACUCCGCACGAUAGGUGCAGCUACUGAUGGUGAGAAGUUAGGAAUGUAGGAUAUAGAAGGGAAAUUAAUUUGUAUCUGUAAGCAACAAUAAAAUAUUGCUUACUAAAAACGAUUCUGGGCAGAGUUCAGUUGAUAGUGAUACUUUGUCAACAAUAUGCAUGUCAUAUUAUGGUAAAUAAUUAAAUAGGCAUUAUAUAUUUUCUUUAAUAGCAGUUAUAUAAUAUUGUACCGAUUUUCCCAUUUUUUCUACGUUUUUCGCGGUUUUCCCAUGUUUUUUCUCGAUUUUUCACAUUUUCUGGGAAAGCUCUCGAGAAAAUCGAAAAAUGACCUCUAUAAAGUACCUCUACAGUCGGAUUUACUUUUAGAAUUAUUAGUUUCAUUAUAAGUUGAAGCAAAAUCGGUUGUUGAAAAAUUGAGCACAGAAAAAAAAAAUCUUAAUAUUUUAAUAAUAUAUUUCGUACAUUUUCCGUGUUUUCUCCUUUUUUUUUCGGUUUUUAAAUUUGAUGAGAAAACUCUUGAGAAUAUCAAAAAAAAAUGACCCCCAAAGAGAGUAGAAUUUUUGUUAAAAUAUAAGCAACUAUAAGCAACCUGUUUAUAGAAAGAAAAAAAAACACAAACAACAAUUAAAUGUUGUACCGUGCCUUAGUCACAUGCAUAAUCAGGUAUUUUAGUUUUACCAUUUUGUCUAAAUUCACAAAAAUUUUUCUAAUUAAAUUAAAUAACUCACAACAAGUUUUUGUUUAGGUUUUAUUUUUUUUAAAUUCCAAUUUACCUUGGCUACUAGAGAAUAAACGGUCUUUGUAAUAAUAUUCCUAUGAAUAUUGUUUUAUUUCUAGAAUUAUUACUGCCGGAGUAAUUUGCAUUAUUCUAAGGUUACAGGUUAAUAGCAGGAUGCAAUAGCGUCUUGGAGUGGAUUUUGUAUUUAUUUUUUUUUUUGGUUGACUCAUUCAUAUAUACGUAUUGUGUGAAGCGGUUGCUUAUUUAUAUGUGCAUUAUCAUGUAUCCCAUAACUCGAGAAUGAAGACGCGUAGGUAAACGAUGUAUCGAUGUUUGCAUAAUAUAACAAAAUAAUAUACCGAGCGCAUGUGUGUGUUGGGUUAAGAUAGUUUGAAUAUGUGACAUAUUAUUAGGUUAGACACGCUAUUAGAAUAUUAGUAAUUAAAACAUAAUAGUAUAAUAUAUUGUCAUUAAAUGGAUUGGAAUGUAUUUACAUCAGCUAUAUUUUGUUCACUGUUCUGAUCCUGUCAAUAGUUAUCGAAAACCGCUAUCGUAGCGUCAUCGCUUUAAAGGUGCACAACAUCGUUGACGGGAACGAACCUUACGCAGAGUGUCAAAUUUACGAUUUUCAGAUUUUAGCACUAUGGGUCCUAUUAUAGAAGUAUAAUGAAAUGUGUUUCCCGUCUGUAUUGAAUUUUAACUCUAGACAAACCGAAAAAUAAACAACACUAAACCAAUUUUUUUCACCAAUAUGUAUAACUUGUCCACGUUAAAUACCUCCGAUGUGGUUCGACACAAUUAAAUUCGGGGGUGCCUAUCGCGCUACCGCUGUAGGUAAAUGUUUUUCGUUCAUGAGUGUUCUACUUGUGAAUUAUUGGAAAUCGGUUUUUUUUUUUUCAUUUCUUGUCGUUUAACGCAUUUGUGCGUCGUGUAAACUCAACCUUUUAAAACAUUUGGGGUUCGUUCCCGUCCAUGGCGAUAAUUAUAAAGGUUUGUGUCCGGCGCGCGUGUAUUUGUACAACCAACAUUUGGUACGUGAUCGUAACCCGUAUUGGGGUUUGAAUUUUUUUUUUUUUUCUAUACGUUCAGCCGCGGUCCAGCCGCCGGAAACCGAGACAACUUGUGUCGGCCACCGCGAAGAUUUCAACGGCGAAUUUCCACGGAGACAGUACUACGCCGGUGCCGGGGCAGAGGUCGACGAUGGCGCCAACGCCGAGGGCAACUUCGGAUACGGGUAUUACGAUGACGUGGACGACCGUUACCGUCAACUGCAUCAGCAACAGACUGAUUAUGCUUCAUCCCCGUUCGCCGGGACGGCCACUGCCUCCGAACCCGGCGACUUUUACGAUUACGGUUGGGACUACGAAACUGCGACGGCGGCCGGUGGCAGCGGACAACAAACGCCUCAGACGCCGUCCCAUCAAAAACAACGACUCGACCGGCAGCGGCGCCGUAGCGGCAGACCGGUAAGAUGAUGUUCCGUUCAUUCAUUUUUUCUUUUCUUUUUUCAUAUUCUGCUUUUAAAUCAAAUAUUAUAAGUACAUAAUGAAAUGGUAUCCCGUCAAAAUUUCGUGUGCGCAAAAAUUUCGCAAGUACAAAAUGUAUACAAACACUACUCUUAAUUCCAUCCAUCAUACUAUUAAUAUUAUUAUCAUGCCUAUUUGUUAUAUUUUAGAUUGUGAGCACAGUGAGAGCCGAAUUGGUUUUACUAAAUGUUUUUUUUUUUUUUUCUGUGUCCGUGAACAACUAUUUUGCUUAAUCUUGUUCAAAUCAAAAAAAAAAAAAAAAGACGAAAGAGCUUUUUUUUUAGAAUUUUGGAUCUAGUCGGUGCGUCAUUUUUUUUAUUUUACUUGUAGUUUUCUUAAUAGUUGCAAACCCUAUGGAAAACGGGUAAUUUAUUAAUUUGUUGUAAUUCGGUUUAAAAUAAUCCUAAAGAUCUGAAAUUUCAUUGCAUAAUUAUAUUAGCCUCUUAAAUAGGUAGUAAAACCAGUUUUAAACUAUUUAUAGCUAUUCAAAUUUUCUUGUUUUUUUUUUUAGUUUGUAUUUGGUAGGUUUAUAUUAAAAUAAACGGAUAAAAUUGUUUGACACCAGAAAUGCUUAAACAUUUUACAUGAAAUUCGUGUGAAGUUUUACCAGUUGAAACAAAAUAACAAACAAAUUGGGCAUAAUGUAGUAGGUGUUUUAUAAGCUUUUUUAAAUUCAAAUUUUGAUAAAAAUCAUUUGCAUCAUGGCAUUUCAAGUUUAAUUUUAAGGUUCAAACAAGUUUAACCGAACUUCACUCAUAACCGUAUUUAAUAAUGAUCAAUAAUGAUUUAUCGUUGCGUACAGAUGUAAAUUAAACAAUUCUAUGUAUCCUACCUUCCCAACUUCUCACCUAUAAUAGUCGCACGCUCAUUAGCAGUAUCAUCUCUUAUUCAAACAACUUCUUGAAUAUUGGAGGUUUAUAAAAGUUGGUUAACCUACAAUAAUUAUUGAUAUAUAUAUAUAUAUAUAUAUAUAUAUAAAUAUUAUUACACUUAAUUAGUUGUAAUAUUACACGCCAAGUGUAAUAAUAUACCAUAAUAUUCAAAAAAAAGGAAAAUAUUUUCUAUAACGAUAAUAAUUAUACAAUUUUAUAGUUAAAUAAUUUAUGUACAUUUUGAAUUAUACAUAAUAUUAUACAAACGACUAAUAAAUGACGCUAGUUAAAUAUUUUAAACAUUUUAAAAAUUUGAAUGUUUUAUAAUAUAUUACAUACGUUUCUAUGUUGCGGUAUUUUGUAUAUUUUAUGACCGGAAAAAUUUUGUCGUGAAUUAAUAUAGAAUAUUAUAAUGAAUCAAUAAUAAAAAAAAAGACGAACAUACUACGCACGAUGAGUGGACUACUGUUAAAGAUAAAAAAUUAGGUAGGUAAGAUAUAGAAGGGAAUUAAAUGCAUAUCUGUAAGCAAAGGUUAAUCAUUGCUAACGAAAAAAACGAUUCUAAGCGGAGUUUGGUUAAUAGUGUCGCUUUGUAACAAUAUAUAAUCUGUCAUAUUAUUAAGGUAAAUUAAUUAAAUUAUAUGCAUUAUAAAUGUUAUUCAAUAAUAUUUGUUUAAUAUUGUACGUAUUUUUCUAUAUAUUUCUAAUGAGGUUUCUCAUGUAUAUUGAAUUUUUUUCUUUGUAUACAAAAAAUAUAUAUUUUCCGUCUCCCUGAGAAAUUUACUACAAGUUAACUGUAUAAGCUACUACUCUUAUAAUACUAUAGCUACUACUAUUCUCAUCAUAUUUCCCACCUACCUCAGUCUAUUCUCUUUCAUUAUAUCUACUAUUGGAAAAAUUCUACUGUUCGACUAUAAUAUUCUCGUUAUGUUAUUGGUUACUCCUACGUAUAUAUAGAGACGGCUCAGUGAUCCUUGUUCUACAUCUUUAUUUGAUCUGAUCGACGGAGACGAUGAUCAACAACAAUAUCAGCAGCUACCUUACAAUACAACGACCAACGUUUAUGGUGAAAGCAGAAAUCAUCGAAAACAAAAACACAACUAUAAUUACUAUGGUCACCAACAACCCAGCGAAUAUUAUGGUAUUGCGGCGGCAGUAGCAACACCGGGAAGGACGCAGUACCCAAACCGGGCCUGGUCCGAGAGUGAGGGAUUGGAUCAAUAUGGUGGCAGUGGUUGGUCGUACAGUGGUUACGAUGUUCCUGUAAAACAGCAGCGAAAGCAACAUAAGUGGCCACUUCUCAUGCCACCACCACCGGUACCGUACUAUUGUGCUGCCGAAGCGGCUGCCUCAGGCUUCAUACAGUACGUGCGCAAAAGUCCCGGUGGCUGGUGGAUGCGACGGAAGAAUCGUCAGCAAAGAAGGCGAACUAAGAGCAAGAAGACAGCAUCACAGCAAAGAAAAGAUGUCACCGCUACCGCAAUAACAAAAAAUCAUCGCCGCCGUCGGAGUGCCAGCGCUGGUGGCAAUGUGAAUCAUAGCAGCUGCUGUAGUACCACCGAUGAUGAAUGCAACAGUAUCAAUGACUCAGAUUCCUGUUCCGACUCUGCAAACGAAGGUGGUGGUGAUUCAACUUCGGACGACCAAGAUAGCGAUGGUGAAUUCAUCGGAGCUCUAGCGGCCGCCGCGACCGUUGGUACCGACCCCUAUCGAGAAUGGAGUCUACAAAGAUCGUCUGGUGAUCCAGUGGUUGAUUGGGAACGGUGUGACAGUGACAGUGACUCGGUCGUUACGGUUGAUAACUAUGACGAUGACGACAAUAACCUGGUCGAGUGGACAAACGAGAUAGUGGCUACCGAUCUGAGGCGUAAGCGACUCUUUCGAAAGGGUAAGUGACACAAAUACUUAGUUAUAUUUUCACCUAAUAUUAUACACCAGCAGAAUUGUCGAUGGAUUUUAUUUCAUCGUGAAUUUUGUCAGUGUGACCAAUCAAUCUACAUAUUAAAGACUGGAACCUUGAUAAAUUGUCGGUUCCGGUUUGGUUUAUUAGCUGGCUCCUGGUUUUGGAUUCGAUCUGGCUCUACAAAAAUAGACAUUUUCAGUUCCAGUUCUUAAAAAUACCAACAUUUCAAUUCUGGCUCCAAAAAUUUGGAUUACAGUAACUGGCAUAGUUCAGUCGAUUUGGGAAGUUUGCCCUAUUUUGGCAGGGCAAACUGGUUUAAUCUGGUAGAUCUAACGUGCCAACUCUAAAUUAACUUUAGCAGUGUAUAUAUAUAUGUAGUACAGUGGCACAUUUAGAGGCAUAUUAAUAGCUGAAAGAUAAAAAAAAUGAAUUAAACUAAAAUAAUUUGUGAGAACCUUAACGUAAGAAAAAAAUAAAUAAAAAGUUACAUUCUGGUGCCAUAAAUUGGCUAUACAGAGUGUAAAGAAUUGUAUGUAACAGCAAUUUUGUUCUAUAAAUAUAAAAAUAAAAAAUAGAGUAUAAUGAAACAGGUAAUUGAUUACCGAAAUUGAAAAGACGUCCUAAGAUAAUAGGGACGGGUGCAGCCACUGUUAUAGAUAAUUUAAUGCAUAUCUGUAAGCAACGAUAAACUAUUGCUAAUGAAAAAUCGAUUCUGAGGGGAGUUUAGUUGAUGCUUUGUCAACAAUAAAUAUGUUAUUUUUUAGUAAAAUAAUUAAAUAGGCUUUACAUAUUUUCUUUAAUAAUAUUUAUUUAAUAUUGUACCGAUUUUCCCAGUUUUUCCGUGUUUUAUCCUGGUUUUUCACAUUUGUUGGGAAAACUCCCGGGAAAAAUGGAAGUGUUCCACUUGAAUUUCAUAUGUUUCAAAUGUUUGCGUCUAAACAUUUCAAACCAACACAUAAUUUUAUAUUUUACUAUUUAAUAAAACUGUUUCAUUAUACUUUAUUCUCUGUUUUAUAUAUUAAUAGAACACAAUUUUAUACACUGUAUAAUAUUUUCCUUUAUUCAGUAUUAAACUGCAUUUCCUGCUUUUUGGUUGUCUAUUAAUUAGUCACCUUGUGUGCAUUGAUCAGGUCCUGCUGGUUUUACAAAUAAGUGAGGAAUUAUCUGUCUCAAGUUCAGGUAUACACAAAUUCGAAGUUUAUUUACUGAAAAUGAAAUGCAUAAUCCUAUUCUCAGACGAUAAUUUUUUUCAAUCUUAUCUAUUUUGCAAAUCUUCUUUCCAUGUAUUUUUUAACUAGAAAUAUUUUCUUAGUCUUCUACAAAUCGGUAAGAUUUAAACAAAAAAAAGAAAGGUUAGGUUAGGUCAUAUGUGGUACAUGCAUAGUAAUAAUUAACGUUUUUGAAUUUAAUCGUGCAUUUAUAUUCUAUGUGGAUAUGUCCACUAUGAUGUUUAGGGUCAAUAUCUUCAAGACUACCCGACAACGACUACAAUUUUUGCGGUAAACCACCACCGCAAAUUCCUGCACCUUCUACAGCUGUACACUGUAACCUGAAAAAUCAACAUCAAAAUUUCAACAUAACCAGUAACCAAAAAAAUCGCCGUCGACGACAGCCUCAAUUCCGUCCACAACCGCUUGAAUUGCCUCCUCCACCACCUGCCUUGAGUGUCGCAUUUACAGUAAUCGCGUGUCCAUGGUGGACUGUGCUAGAAGGUGUGUUCAAAUAAUAAUACCACUUAUUAUCAUAUUAUUAUAUCAGUUUGUCUAAUAUUUAAUUUUUUAAUUGUUAUAGAUGUUUUGCUGGUUACUAAAACAACCACCUCGGAUAGUCUAUCAUCAUCAAACAAGUCGAUUAUGGGUUUACCACUGCUAACAUUCGACUAA